UCAAAAAAGUGAACUUGAUUUACAUACUUAUGCCAAAAUAUUUUUAAAAUGUCGGUAUCGGAUCUAAUUAGUGCCUUCGAAAAUGUCCCAAAAUUGAAAACGGAUAAUAGCGGCAGUGCUUCGAAAAGUAAUUCCUGUUUAUCAGGUGCACCCGAAUGGUUUACAGAGUGCUACCUGCAGAAUAGUCUGCGUAAGUUCUACAAAGAUGAGAAGCUAAAAAUAACAUCGGUUCAUGUGCGACCUGCCUUGGGCCGUGGUGAGAAUUAUGGAGGAGUGCUGUCGCGGGUCAAAGCAGAUUUCAUCAAAAGUGAUGGCAGCAACCAACGGGGUCACUACAUAGUCAAGACCUCUUUCGAGAGCGAUGAAUUUGCGCGCAAGACCAUGGAACCAUAUGAUAUAUUUAAUCGUGAGAUGUGUAUAUACGAACAGAUCUUGCCUAAGCUGAAGAACUUGUUGCUCGAAAUCGGCGAUAAUGAGCAGAUCUUUGCUGACACCAUGGCCGUUGACUACGAGCGCUCGGCUCUGAUAUUCGAGGAUUUAAAUGUGCGGAAUUUCGUUAUGCCAGAUCGUUUGGUCGGACUGGAUAUGGAUGCGGCGCGUCUGGUGCUCCGAAAGCUGGCGAAGAUGCACGCAACAACGGCAGUCUUGAACGAGCGGGAGGAUGGCGCUUUAGAGAGUUACGAUAAGGGUAUGUUCAAUAGACAUACCGACAACUAUGCCCCUUUCUUCUUGGGAAUGAUUGAGGCGUGCAGCAAUCGUGUUGCCCAAUGGCCCGGCUACGAAGACUACGCCAAGAAGUUGGCUGCAUUGGUGCCCAUCUACAUGGAGUUGGGCAAGCGGGUCUUCGACGUAACCGAAGGUCACAUUAAUGUGCUCUGCCAUGGUGAUCUCUGGACGAAUAAUGUGCUCGUCAAAUACGAUUCGAAGGGUCAGGCCGAGGAUGUCAUCAUAAUUGAUUUUCAAUAUGCUGCUUGGGGUUCGCCGGCCAUUGAUUUGUUCUACUUUCUGAACUCAUCUCUACAAUUGGAUAUGCACCUUAACCGACACGAGGAACUUAUUAAGUAUUAUUUUGACAUAUUCUCCGAUACGCUGAGGAAGUUACGCUACAAAUCCCGUAUACCAAGUCUCCAUAAUUUCCAUUUACAAUUGGAGGAAAAGGCCUUCUAUGCUUUCCAUACCAGCUCCGUGGUAUUUGCUGUGCAGCGAAAUGUCGAAACAGAGGAUGCGGAUUUCACCGGCCUUAUGCAGACCAAUCAGCGUAGCAUUAAUUUAAAGAGGGCCUGUUAUACGAAUCCCCGUUGCCAUACAAUUUUACGAGAACUAUUGCCGAUCUAUGAGCGACAAGGGUUACUCGAUUUGGAGCAGUGAUAUUAAUACUUAAUAAUUAUAGAAAAAUCCCUGGGGAUUUGGUAUUGUUUGUUUUCAAAGAUCGCAAUAAGAUUAGACUACGUUAUAUAAAGGAUUUAAAUAUUUACUUAUUCUAUUGGCUGUUUAGCCAAGUAUGUAUAUAUUUGUUGGAAAAUAUAUUAUAUGUAUAAUAAAUGCACCAUUUCAAAAGG